AUUUUCUUCUCAUUUGGAUGAAAACAGAGAACCGUGAAACACAGAGCUUCCAAAUGGCGAAGAUGGCGAAAACGCGAUCUAGGGUUUGAUGAUCUUCUUCUUCAUCGGCUCUUCGAUUCUUCAUCUAUUCCACAAUUUUUUCCUCACUUAUUCGAUGUUCCUUCCGUUUCAAGCUCUCCAACUAAAGGCAAAGAUGCAUAGGUUGCGUGCCAUGUAUCGUGAGUUCUAUUCACUGUUGCAGAACAUCGGAUUUGGCUGGAAUGCUGAAACAAACACUGUUACUGCAAGUGAAGAAGUCUGGAAAAAUUAUCUGAAGGUACAUCCCAAAGCUGCACAGUUUCAAAAGAAAGGGUGUGACUUCGCAUGUAACCUCGGAUUGUUCUCUUACCAAGUGUGUGGAUGCUCUCGAUGAACUAGAAGACAUUUCAGAUGAUGCUUAUGGAAAAGCCUUGGAAAAGUUUAAGGAUCUUGGAGGGAAAUGUUUAUCGCCAUGUCUAAUGAGAGGAAGCGUGGAUGGGUACUUAGGCUCUAAGGAUAUAACUUGUAUUUGUUUAGGUUCUAGUGAUGAGACAUACUUAUCGUUAGUGAUUAGACAUACUUAUCGUAGUAUUUGUUUAGGUUCCCUUAUGAUUGUUUACUUCUCUCUAUUUGCUGAACAAUUGCUUGUAUGUUUAUUUACAUGAUGUUGCUGAAGAAUUGAUAUUGAUAAAGCCUUUUAUUUUCCUCUUAUCGAGUAUCGUGUUUUUAAGUUUUA